CGUCAGAUGUUGACGUUUAAUCCUCCCCCUCAAAAAAGCUUCAAAAAAAGGACAAAAAAAAGUGCGAUCGUCGUCCUGAACUGGUCGUCCCUCAGUUCUGAACGUCGUUUAUUCCUGCAUUAGCAUUCCACGAACCAAGGCAAAAGUGUGUGUCGAGUGAAAACUGGGAGGAGUCGCAUCACAAAUUCAUAGAUCAUCCUUUAGUGGCUCGAAAUCCAGUAGUGCUGUGUUGACACAACUCUAACAGCAUUGUUAACUUCCAUUCCUUGAGUGAGAAGCGUUUCCAUAUUCCGAACAAAGCAAUGGCAGAGAUAAAGCCGGAACUCGGGGAAAUCGACAGCGAUGCUGAACAGAACUAUUCCCUCGGCAGUAACGUUGAUCCGAAGAACAUGCAAGAGUUGACCAUCUACGUUCAGAAUCUCCUCCAGAAUGUGCAGGAUAAGUUCCAGACCAUGUCGGACCAGAUUAUCUCCCGCAUCGACGACAUGGGCACUAGGAUAGACGACCUCGAGAAGAGCAUUGCCGAUCUGAUGCAACAAGCCGGCGUUGAAGGUGCCGAGAAGUGAGGACUGCCAGGAUUCGGAUGGGAACAAAAGGUAUAUUGUACUGGAAGUGAUCUGUAAUCAGCUAACUUAUAGGUUUAUGAUUAGAUUUAUCGCAAGCAUGAUUUAGUUUCGGGAUAAGUUUCCCUCUCGUCCCGUAUCAGAACGUGUGACAGUGUCAUAUUUGCGAAAAAACCAAGUUUUUCUGCUGGUUAGGGUAUCACGGUGUGUCUUGAACCGUUGUUAACGAAUAAAAUGGCCAUCAAUCAGUAUCGACCAUUCGAAAGAUAUGGUAUCCAGUGAUUUAAAGAUAGAGGGCCAUUUUCAAAAUAAAUAUUUCUAUGUUGGAUAAAAUAUAUUUACUGCAUCAUUUAUUUUUUCAGAAUUAAUCAAACCAUCAAGUUCACAUUCAAAAGUUGUGGUAUCUUAGCAUCUUCCUUGUAAAUUGAAGACAUUUCGUUGACGGAAUCAAAAUAACCAUGAUAAUUUAAUGAUUCCACAAACGGAAUGUCUUCAAAAACACAAGGGAGAUGUUUAGAUACCACAUUUUUAUUGUUGAAUGUGACCUGAUGAUAAAUUAAUAAAUAAUAUUUAUGAUAGCGUGUGGGAUUUUUUUUUUAUCAAACAUGUAAAUAUCCCUUGAAAAUGGUUUUGAAAUCUUCAAAUCGCUGUAACUUGUGAAAAUGUUAGAAUCUACGAAGAGUAUGCUUGGAUACCAUAUCUUUCGAAUGGUGAGUGCAGAAUUGAUGGUUAUUUUAUUUCGUCAGUAAAGCUUUUAGACACACCGCGGGUAUGAUUGGGAGUCAUGGCAUUAUCGACAAAAUUCAUCCAUUAGUUUUAUUGAAUCCACCUUAUACAAAAAACGAAGGGAGGAAGAGAUCACACAAUCAAACAAUCGGUAC